AUGCCACCUGAGCAAGAUGAGGAAGGGUUGUUGCCUAAGGGCAACCCGGAGAGCCGUUCCAUCACUCACAAGUGGUUUCCUUGCAGCGUUCUGGUCAUCUCCCUAGCGGCCGUCGCCCUGCUGGCGUUUUUGAACUCGCCAAGCAGAGCAAGCACUGCAAAUGCAGAUCUUUCAGAGGUGCUCCAGGCAUGGUUACCUAGCACGGAGGACGAAGUUCUCCCCAAGAAGAAGUGGGCCAAGGUUUUCCACGUGCAGCAUCCAAACUCAACACUCGGAUCCAGACGCUACUACGAGUACUCCCACCACCCGGCGUUUAUCGUGGAAAGUGCUCGUUUGCAGGAGAUCGUGCAAUGGCAAAUUGCGCACGACUGUCCGAAGCUGUCUGUGGGUAUGGAUAUGGUCACAAGCCGUGACUUGCCAGUUAUCGAGAACAUUACAUCCGCUAGCAUUUGUCAGAAAAUCUGCACAGAGACCAUUGAAUGCCAAGCAUUUGUGUGGGGCUAUCAGCGGAACCGACCCGGCUUGACUGACCGAUGUUUCAGGAGGGCGUUUAGCCAACUCUUCGAAGAUGUGCAGCCAUCCAGGAACACUGACGUAGUCGGAGGAUUGCCUUGUUUUCGACAACCGGUGAGUGAUAGGAUGUGGUGGCCAAGGGAAGAGAUGGAGUUUUUCGAUCUGCCCCAGGCCCGACCACAAUCAGUUGCCCUGCACACGUCUGCGUCAUCGACAAGAAUGUUGUGUCUGGCAGUCUUCUUGCCCUUCACAUAUGAGCAAGACCUGCUUCUCAUGCAGUACAGGUUUGGCACCAACAUUUUUGCAUGUGAUCAGCAUGCCAUCUACAGCUCUACUCGCCUUGAGCUGGCUCCUGGCCUCAUUUCCCGACGGGUACCAACCACCUUGUUGUCAGAGUUGGGGGGGCCCUACAUCACCGUGCUGAACCUGGCUGCAUUCAUGGCAGUCUGGCGGCAAGUCUUGCUGGACGGUGACUAUUUGCAGUGCGACUGGACCAUCAAAGCGGAUCCCGACACAGUCUUCAUCCCCCAGCGCUUGGUGCCGAUCUUGUCCGUGCAAAGCCUAUCAAUGGGUGCAAACGGAAAGUACCUGAACAACUGCCAGGAUGGGCUUCACGGCCCCCUGGAAAUCUUCUCUCAAGGGGCCCUGACAAGCCUCGGACGACACGCGCUUCGCUGCGCCAAACACUUGGACGGCGGCGAUGAGUGCAAAGAGCAUUGUGAGAAGUUCUGGGACUUCAAUUACAAGGAGAAGUGCAAUGGACAUUGCACAAAGUGGUGGGGUGAAGAUAUUUGGCUGGAUCAAUGUCUCUCACGGUUUGCCGCCGUGACUAGAGUCUUUGUGCCAGAGCUUUUGCAAGAGGACCACUGUCAUCCCAAGCCGGGUUGGAGAAAUUGCCUUGACCCGCACACAGUGGCUUUUCAUCCCUUCAAGAGCCCGGACGAUUAUCAAACCUGCCUCGGAGCUGCUCUCAACAGACAGAUUCUGCUCUAG